GCACUGGAAGGAAACAAAAGGGUGCUUUGAAUGGCGCGUGCUCCGCGGCGCCGUCAGUCAUCGGUCUCCUAGCAACAGACAACAGAAAUGCACCUGUGGCUCUGAAUGGCAGAGGAGAGCCUGUCGGUUGUCAAAAGCGCGGAGAUAUUUCAAACAUUCAUUUGAUUGGUUGAAAACAGAAGUCGUCUAAUUCUAAAUGACGAUUUGUUGCAUCCAAUUUGGGGAACUUUAUUCUAUAAUUUCGGGAGAAAUGUAUUUUCUGUCGUUCCCAGCCGGCUGAAUAUUUAUUAAAAGUCAUGAAUGUUGUUUUUGCGGAGGUUAAUUGGUACUCUGCUCUUUCGUAUCAAUAUAUGAUAUGAAUGAUAUAAUAAUGCAUAUUUCAAUUUGAAAAUGAAGUUCUGAAGAAAACGUGUUCAGAAUAAUCUUGCUAUUCAUGGCAAACGAGUUGUAAACUCAAUAGCAUCAAUGUUGCUCAUGCACGCGCCCGCGCACAGCCCCUGUGACGUCAAGCGAAGCUCGAUCCCGCGCAUGCAAAUGAGGUCCCCGCUGCAGCCUCUCCAUUGGCCGCCCGCGCUCAUUUAGCGGCUGUCAGCGCGCGCGGCCCGGGCACGCUCGCUAACUUUUUGCCAGCACAGCUCGGAGCAAAGUGCCGCACGCACGCACGGUGCGCUCCCAGGCAGGCGGGCGGAUGCCAGCAAAAAAAAGAAAAGAAAAGAAAAGAAAAGAAAAAAGCAACCACGGGAAGGAAGCGCGGGGCAAGUUUUCCCUCUUUCGCCACUCUCCAGCAUCCUCAGGGGGUCGAGGCGGCCUGAAUGUUUGCGCAGGUCUGAGAGAUUCCGCCAAGACGAGUGAAUGUACAGAACGAUGAUGGAGACGGACUUGCACUCCCCCGCGGUGCAACAGACCAACCCGUCCAACCCCGGGGGCCACGGCGGCAAAGUUCCCCAGGAGAGAAUCAAGAGACCCAUGAACGCUUUCAUGGUGUGGUCUCGCGGCCAGCGGCGGAAGAUGGCCCAGGAGAACCCCAAGAUGCACAACUCGGAGAUCAGCAAGCGGCUGGGGGCCGAGUGGAAGGUGAUGACCGAGGCCGAGAAGCGGCCCUUCAUCGACGAGGCCAAGCGGCUGCGGGCCAUGCACAUGAAGGAGCACCCGGACUACAAGUACCGGCCGCGGAGGAAGACCAAGACCUUGCUGAAGAAGGACAAGUACUCGCUGGCCGGCGGGCUCCUCGGCAACGCGGCGGCCGCAGGGCUGGAGAGCCCCGGCGGGGGCCACCUGGGCUCCGGCGCCGGCGUUUACACGGCGCAGGUCAACGGGUGGCCGAACGGCGCCUACUCCGCGGCCGCGGCCGCUCACGCCAUGAUGCAAGAGGCACAGCUGCAGGCUUACACGCAGCACCCGCACCAGCAGCCGCAGCCCGUGCACAGGUACGACAUGAGCGCCCUAUCUUACAGCCCCGUCUCGAACUGCCAGAGCUACAUGAGCGCCUCUCCGCCGGGCUACGGGGGCAUCACCGGCUACACGCACCAGCACCACAGCGCCGGCGUGUCCCCGGUGUCGGGCGCGCUCGGGGGCACUCUGGGGCCCCUGGUGAAGUCGGAGCCCAGCGCGAGCCCCCCGGUGUCCGCGGCGCGCCAGCCGUGCCCCGCGGGAGACCUGCGGGACAUGAUCAGCAUGUACUUGCCCACCGGGGAGGCGGCGGGGGACUCGUCCGUGCAGGGGCGCCUGCACGUGCUCCACACGCAGCACUACCAAGGGAGCAGCGCCCACGUCAACGGGACGGUUCCCCUGACGCACAUUUAAAUCCGUGUAUUCAAUGUUUUACAAGCAACCAAAUACUCCGAGCAGAGGUGGGCUGCUGCUGCUGCUGCUGCUGCUGCUGCCUCUCGCGUGUAAAUUGAGGCGCUUUGAGCCAUAAAAAUGCAAUCACGUUGAACGAACUUUCCCCCCCCCCCCCAAAAAAAAAAUGUUUUCUUCUUUUGUCUGGCCGUGCUCGGAGGAACGCACACGCUGAUUUAUUUGAGCUCUCGGUAACGGAGUUUGCCAAUUUCUCACGCGAUUUAAAUUAUAAUCCUCCAGGUCUGGUGCAUUAUAAGGAUUUUCUUUUUCAUUUUAUGUUUGCGUGGAAUUCAAGGCUCUGGCUGUUUAGGAAAACAGGAAGCCGUGCAAAUGUGUUUGGAAAAAGUUUACAGGCAGCAAUAUAACGUUGAUUUCAAAUUUUAAUCCUUGUAAACACGUGAGUCGGUCGGUGUAAUUUGAUUUUGUUGUUGUAAGUGUUGUUAAUGGUGAAUAAAUAUGCCUGUACUGAAAACGCUUUAUGCAAUUGUAUUGUCAGAAAGAGGAGAAAGUCGCUUUUCCCCCCCAGCUGAAUUAAUUUCCAAAGUAUGUUCACGCUAUUGGGAUAUUUAUUUUUGCCAUGAAAUGUUAUUCUGAAGUGUCACCUUAACGAAACUGAAAGUGAGCACGCCACCAAUACAGAAAUAGUGCUUGCUAUUAACUAAAGUGCAAAUGUGUUCCCCUGAUGUCCUUUAGAAGAUUUGCUAAAUAUGCUUUAAAAUAAGAUUUCUCAAGAGAUUUUUCGAUCAUUUUUUUUUUUUUUUUACUUAUGGGUGGAAAUAAAUUGACAAAUUAUUUUUCAAUUGGGAUACAAAAGAUUGUUUUAUAUGAUACCACAUUAUUUGAACAGCGUUUUUUAAACCUAAGAUUUUUUGCAGAUUUCGUGUCAUCAUUAUUAUAACUUGAAUCAUAUUUGCAGGUACUUAAAAUGUCACAGGUUUGCCGUCAGAUAUGUUUUCUUAAUUUGAUUAUUACCCAUCCAGACCCCAGACAAAAUGUUUCAAAUCACACUGUAAUAUACAAACUUGUUAAAAUCCAUGAAACAUGCAGAAUAAAAGACACGUGCAAGUUCCCACGGCAUUUCCAUAAAGCUUUGCUGUAACACA